AUGCAGUACCAGCCCUGUAGCAUGGUGACUGCAGGCCCUCUGUCUGCAGAAGCCCAGAGGGUCCUGGCUGCACUGAGAGCUCAGUAUGCUGGCAGAAUAGACAGCAGACCAUACAUAGCGGACUCCUUUGGCAGAGCCCCCAGGCUGUCCCAGAUUCAUGACGCCUUCAACAAACCUCCAGAACCACACACACAGUCUAAAAUACUUUACAAGGAGAAAGAGAGGCAAUUAUUCAAACACUCCCUAGAGAUGGAGCUCCCCAGUCAGCCUGACCUACGGCAGUUAGGUGAUGGAAAUAACACAUUUAAUCAAUGGGGAGCAGAUAAACGAGGUGAUCGGAGGCCAAGAGAUUAUGGAGAUGAUGGCAGUCUGUCAGGGUUUAACACUGGGAAUAAUAUCCCAUGUCCCAGCAGAAGCCCUCCAGAGCCAGAUCCACAGGGAGAAGAGCUUUUCCCCAGGAACAGCUUUGUUAACAGGAGAACCCCACAUGCUGUCAUGGGAUUACCAGAGACACAUAGUGAGGUCUCCAGUAGGAAGGAAAGAAUCCAGCUACUGGCUUCUAGUGAAGAGGAUUGUAAAGCAGAGGUAAUAACUCGCACCCCUCCUGUGAAGAGACAGCGGUUUGGUAAUCGGCAAAUACCCAUGAUCACCUGUUCAAAACAGUUUGAGGAAGAUGAUUCUAGGCAGAAAAGUGAAGUUGGGAAAACAAAUGAAAACCCUGAUCAGAUGCCGUUUUGGAGCUUUGAAGAGAAAGAAGCAGAAGAAUACUCAAGAUCACUGGAGUGCCAGAGUUAUUUAAAAGACAAUCCAACAUCCAGGAGAGAAUGUCAGACAAUUGGUCUUGCCUUAGCUGAUUCUUGUCACGACUCGGCUACGAAUAAAAUACUAACGAAUGCAAGCCAUCUGCGAGUUCAUCACAAUUUGGUUUCACUCAGAACCAGUGACUUUGACCAGUACACAGUGGACAAAGAAGCAUCAGUGACGGAGAUAGAACCAGCCAAAGUGGAACACAAUGCUGACCUGUACAUGCAUCAGUCCGACAUGAAAAACGAUCAGAUGGAGACCGAGAGGCUUAGCAUUGAGCCAGAGCACAGUGCAGCUCCUAAAGUCACAGAAACGCAUCCUGAUCAGCAGAUCUUCUCACAGGUAGGUCGUACGAGUUCUGGAGUAGCGUGUGUGCAGAACGUGACCCUUCCAGCCAAGCGGUCUGGAAAAUGGGAGCCUCGUCAAUCAUCACAAGGGACUCCUGAAAUCGAAUCGUGCUCUAAUCGAAACUCUAGUGUCAGUGGAGACGCUAAAGUGCAGCUUAUUCACCAGGCACAGCAGAGCAGAGGGAGAAGUCAGUUCCUACACCCACUGAAAAGUAUUCAGAAUCAGGAAGAGAUGCCAGUACAGACAAUGACCCCUUUGAGAGAAUGUACGAAGCAUGAAUCAAAUGUAGAAAUUAUCCCCGACAUCCCUAAAGCUGCCAGACAGAGGCGCUCUGCUUCAGAGGUGAAUGAGCAGAUAUACCCGGACACAGACAGGGAUGGGGACAAGACCAAAGAGACUACCAAAUGUACUCUAGCCCUAACCUCUGACCCCCGAGUGUGUGACGCCAGCCGUCUCUCACAGGAAGAGAGGAUGUGUGUGUUGGAGGAGGCUGCGAGUGCAAGGGUGCUGGUGGUUACGAUGGUAUAUCAGGAUGGAACCACACAGCUGGACCCUGAACAGAAAUGCCCCCCCUGUGCUGUGUGUGGAGUUUUGGUUCUGCUGAAGAAGAGUCUCGAUUCACUUGUUCUGGAGGAGACUGGAGCAGCUGCGGAGAGGGUGCUGUUUCUGAGACUGGAACAGAGACCUGCCUGGGCUCAGAACGGCCCACAACACAGUCAGGAUCUAUUCAGCAGAGAGAUACUGGUGAAGAUGGUGUGUGGAACCCAAACUUUUGUGUGUUAUAAAUCUAAAGACCUCCUCCGAACAGUACUCGGGCAUUUCAGCAAGAAUCUGAGCUGGAAACAAGUGGCCGGUUGUCAGGUGUUGGAUCCUCAGAUUGCUGCCUGGUUACUAGAUCCUGCUGAUUCUGCUUCCUGCUUUCAGGACCUUUUGAACAAAUACUGUACUCGGCCCACCACACACACCCCUGCACUGGCCGAGCUCGGACACAAGAAGGUAACCCAAGUGAUCUCCAGCCUGACUCACUUACACAGGGUAAUGGUGGAGCUUCGGAAUAAGCUGGAGACACAGGGUCUGUGGACUCUCUACUUCUGCAUGGAGCAGAAGAUGAUUCCAGUUUUAGCAGCAAUGGAGAGCCACAGGAUCCAUGUGGACAGAGAUGCCUUAAAGAAGACCUCAGAGAUGCUGGGGACUAAGAUGAAGCAGUUGGAGCAGGAGGCUCACCAGACAGCUGGUCAGAAGUUCUUGGUGUCCAGCAGUUCUCAGCUUCGACUGGUUCUGUUCGAGAAGCUCCGCCUGCACGAACGCUGUGAGAACAAGAAGCUACCCAAAACCAUGCUCAAACAGCAGCAGUCCACCUCAGAGGCUGUGCUCUUACAGCUCCAGGACCUGCACCCCCUUCCAAAAAUCGUUCUGGAAUACAGGCAGGUGCACAAAAUCAAGUCUACAUUUCUGGAUGGGAUUCUGUCCUGUAUGACAAAGACGUUCAUCUCGUCCACGUGGAACCAGACGAGUACUGUCAGCGGUCGACUGUCUGCCAGACAUCCAAAUUUCCAGGCUCUUCCCAGGCAGCCAGUACAGAUCUCAAAGAAGCAAUGUGUCGAAGAGAAGGAAGCAGAGCUGGUAACUGUUCACCCACGUACCAUGUUCAUACCACGAGAGGGAUGGACUUUCCUUUCCGCAGAUUUCUGUCAGGUGGAAUUGCGUCUGUUGGCUCAUCUGUCAUCUGACCGCGAGCUCUUGAGAAUCUUCCAGAACCCUGAAGCAGACAUUUUUAACAUGCUCGCCUCUCAGUGGAAGGGUGUAAGUGAGGACAGUGUAAGCGCAGAGGACAGAGAGCAUGCCAAACGCAUUGUCUAUUCGGUGGUCUAUGGAGCUGGAAAGGAGCGUCUGUCUGGUAUACUGGGUGUGAGUGCUGAAGAGGCCAGUCGUUUUCAGGACAGUUUCCUUCAGAAGUACAAAGAGGUGCAGGCCUUUAUCCAGUGCACCGUACAGCACUGCCACAAGUACGGUUACGUAAAGUCCAUAAUGGGUCGGCGCCGUUCCCUCCCUCAUGUCCAUUCAACGGACUGGAGCAUCCGGAACCAGGCAGAAAGACAAGCCGUCAACUUUGUAGUGCAAGGUUCUGCUGCAGACCUCUGUAAAAUGGCCAUGAUACACAUCUGCUCACUCGUGGCGUCUUCCACCACUCUCACUGCCAGGCUGGUGGCUCAGAUCCAUGAUGAACUACUCUUUGAGGUGGAGGACUCACAGAUGGAAGACUUUGCAGUGUUGGUGAAGAAAACAAUGGAGUCCCUUCAGCAUAUCAGUUGUCUUGGAGUCAGUCUUACGGUUCCUCUGAAGGUCUCUGUGUCUACAGGACGAUCGUGGGGUUCCAUGUGUGAAGUCAAUCUCCCCCAUGCUGCUAGCACACACACCUCUGUUUGAGCCCGCUUUGAGGUUUCUCAAUGCCAGUGUGUGUUCAUCUGCCCAGCUCUCUGCCUCUUAUUCUUUUCCUGGAUCGUUCACUGCCUCAUUGUAUUUCUCAUUUUCAGGGGCUCGUUUCUGUCCGUCUUUUUUGGUCUCUCUGUUAUUUUUUUUUUCUUCAUUUUCCUGCUCGUUUCAUUUCUUCUCUCCUUCUUUCUCUGAGCUGAAACCCAUCGCCAUGGUAACCGGGCUGCUGCAGCUCCUGGUUGUUAUUCCUCACUUGCUGUAUCCGGGGGCAACCGUAGGAGCCUAGACUGGAUUGCUCCAGUUUGUGUCUUUCUUCUCCUUCAGGCAUUUGUCUCCUUUCACCACUUCUAGGCCAUUUUGGUUCUGCAGACUCGUUUCUAUCCAUCUCUUGCUCAGUCCCCUCCUUGUCCAGGCCACAUUCUUACCAUCAUUUUUUAUUUUUUUAUGUAGAGAUAACAUGUUCGUCAAGCUUUUGUUUUUCUUAACGAUUUUUAGCAGUUAUUAAAUCUACUAUUGUUCACAUUUUAGCAAUAAAUAUUCAAAUAUUUUAACCGAAAGUAACUUCAAUGAAAAUGUUACAGUGCAAGUUUUAUGUUAAAUCCCUGUUAUGUUCACCUUCUCUUACUGCCGCUUCUUGAUAAUUACAGUAGUUAUGUUAGCAGUGGGUUGGCAGGGACCUGGUACAUUAGCUACUAUUACAUUAAAUUUCUUCAUCUCAGCUGCUUUCUCAAUGUCUGAUUAUGACACGAACCCAAUGCUGCUUCUUCUUCUUCUGUAUACACUGUCCUGUCUUCAUAUACACACAUAUACACACCGAAUUCAAUGCCAAACACUCUGUCCCAGUUUCCCAAUCUGGCAAAGGUGUGCUGUGUCUCUAAAUUCCCCUUGGUUAAAACCCUUUAC